AUGAACCUCCUCCUCCUAUCGCGAGGCUCCGCCGUGGACGGGACAGAUGGCGGCGCACAUCUAGCGAGUCUUACAGUCGGCAAUCGCAGCAGCAAUCGCAUCCUCAUCUUCAAUACCGGCAAGCUCAAAGAUCUGGUAAAGGUUGACUUCCGAGCGAUUGAUCAAUGGUUCGAAGAGGACAUGGAGAUUUACGGCCAUCCCAAAGAUCCCUACAAGCGCAUCGACAUCUUACCAUCUUCUCGAAACGUUAGGAUAGCCAUCGAUGGCGUCACACUUGCCGAAAGCUCAAGCCCAUUAUUCCUUCUCGAGACAACACUCAGAACAAGGCACUAUAUGCCGCCCACGAGCGUGAACUGGGAGUACCUCACACCGAGUGACACACUGACUUUGUGUCCGUACAAGGGUCGCGCGGAGUACUACCACAUCAGCGUUGGUGGCAAGCUGUAUCGGGAUCUUGUUUGGUACUAUCGAUACCCGACUAGUGAGAGCGCACCGAUUGCGGGGUAUAUGUGCUUUUACGACGAGGCGGUGGAUGUGUGGGUUGAUGGUGUGAAACAAGGAUGA